AUGGCAGAGUUUGGCGACCGCCUCGGCUCCUCUUCUCCCACUGGCGCAACAGCCCAGGAUCAACUACAGGCUAUCAGCAAGCAACUCGAGACCGAAAUACAGACCUCUCAAGAUCUACGUCAACAAUUGGAAGAGGCGCGGCUGGAGACGAACACUGUCCGCACAAAAUUGGAGGGUGAGCUCGAGACGGCUCGUCGAGAAUCGCAAAAGGAGCUCGAGAAAACAAAAGAGAAGCUGGACAAAGUGCAACAGAAAAUCGAAGAGGCGAAAGUCGAAUUGGGAGAUUUACAGGAUUCGGUGCAGACCCUGCAAGAAGUGAAACAAUGGCGUCAGCAGGUCACCGACGUCCAGGCCUUGCAUGACGAGCAGGAAGCUGACGAUCUUGUGAGACAGCGAGACGAGGCUCGUAGGUCGCUUGGAGCCGCAGAAAGAGAAGUAAGCAGACUUGGUGCCGAACUCGACGACGCUCUUGAAAGUCGGACACAGACGCGGCUGGAUAAAGUGACCGCCGAGUGGGAAUUGAGAGAAGCUCGGUUGAAAGCGGUUGACCUUAAGAUCGAGAGAGAUGUCGCUAAGGCGGGAUCCGAAAUCUAUCACGAGCUUCUGUGCAAGAGAAUCAACGAGGUCAAUGAUUACAAGAGAGUUAUUGCUUGCGGCGAUUUUCUUGACGAUGACUUCGACAUCUGCACCGUUUCGAAUUUGUUCCAAGGCUAUCCUAUCCUCCACGCUGGGGUCAUGACAAAAGUCUGUAAAGAGUGGUUGCUGGAACUCUCCGACAUGACAGACGCCACACAAGAACUCAGUCUCCCUUACGUCAACAGCAUGGCCUAUUUCGUGUUCCAAACCGCCAUGUUGGAACCUGCAGCGCUCAAUCAUUUGGUCAUUGCGACGUUUGUCCGAACAUACCUCGAUUGGAAAAAGAAAGUGCAGAACUUCUUGCAAGAUCCUUCGCCCUGCAUUCUACGAAUCGUCGAACUUUUGGGCAUGAGUUACUGGCCAGGUGAGCGCCUGAAUGGUGUGAAGGCAUGGUAUCAGACUAUCAAACCACGGCUUGAGCAAACUACUCUUGUGAAUCGAGCGCUCGUCAAACGUUUGGACAUGGGGUUCGAAAAUGGUUUCGAGACUGCUACAUCCCUUGUUCAGAUCGCCUGUGAUCUAUUGGAGGAGCUCUCGGAUGAUAUUGUGGACCUACGUGCCGGCACCCGCAUGAUCUCUGCAGACAUUUCUAUCCUUGUUCUUCAAACUGACCCCGUUGACGCAAAGGCCAGGGACAUCCAGGUCUUGCCACCUGACGCUAUGGAAUGCACCUUUACUCGAAGUAAUGACGUUGAAGUCACUGUCAAUGGCUACCCUAGGCCAGGGAUGAAGUUGGUGGUUGUAUUGCCGUUUAUCGACGGAUUUGCACCUCCAAUGAUUGUUUGGCACGGAAAGCGUAAAACGAGCACUAUGGAGACUAAGGGACAGCAUGGGCAAAGGUCAUUUGAAGGCGAAGACAGCAUGGACCGAGAGCUGCUGAUUGCACCACAUGUUGAGUGUAUCCAGGACCCAAAGUGUGCAGAGACGUAUUUGAUAGCAUUAGGAGCUGAACAGAAUGAAAUCCCAUAG